CGAAUUGUUGUUUGUUGUCAGCUGGUGAACGGUGUAGUUCGACAGUUUGUUUUGGUGGUUUACUUGUCGGUGUACGUAGCUGUCAUUUACAUAACUUAUUGGAGCAAGCAUCCUUACGUGUUUCUGAAGUGGUAGCAGUUAGUAUUCACCAAAUACCUCAGAAAAAACAAAAUAUCACGAUGGCCCAACGUGCACCUAACAAAAAUCUUGUCGCCCAAUUGGUGAACCAAUUGAAGAGUAAGGAGUUCCGCCAAUAUUUAAUGAGCACACAUUUCUGGGGUCCCGUAGCUAAUUGGGGUAUACCACUGGCAGCAAUUGCAGAUUUCAAGAAAGAACCAAAAUUUAUUUCAGGAAAAAUGACACUUGCUCUUACACUUUAUUCUUGUGUAUUUAUGAGAUUUGCUUGGAAGGUGCAACCCAGGAAUAUGCUGCUAUUCGCUUGCCAUUUCACAAACGCCACUGCCCAAACAAUACAAGGAAUACGUUUCAUCAAAUAUGAAUUUUUAGAGAAGAAGAAUACGGCGUAAAGCAUAUUAUAUUGUAAUAUCUAUACGUAUUGGUGCUGUUUCAUGAGCUGCUAUUACAAUGAAGUCAUAGUUCUACUUACAUAAAUACAAAUGUACAAAAACUAGCGCAAAUUGGUUAAUGAGGCUAAGCAAAGCGGCUCAUGCACUUAAUAAAAAAUUAUGAAUUUAUUACAACAACAAACUGUAGAACAAUCAAAACUAAUGAGCACUACAACACUUCGUGUAAAUAUUUCUUACGCUAAUAAGCUGUAAAAUAAUUAGCUAUGCAUAUAUUGCAUGUUUAUUUAAAAGACCUAAUUAACGAAUUGACUAGCAAUAUAUUGAUAGAACAAACAAAUAA